CGGUUUUAAUCGUCUGUCAUUAUGAAAAACCUAACGGCGAAGAUUGCAAUCUUAUAUGAUAUUAUAUAUAUAUAUAUAUAUAGACACACACAUUAUGUUCUGUAGUCUGCGCUUGCAUAUGCACAUUAGAGUGUGGAGAGAGAAGAGAUGGCAACAGAUACCAACAGGAAUCCAUGUCCGGAGACCGAUAUCAACGCAUUGCCGGAGAAUUGCAUAGCCAACUUGUUGUCUCUGACGAGUCCUCCAGAGACUGGCCGGCUCUCGUUGGUGGCAUCCACUUUCCGGUCGGCUGCGGGAUCUGACUCAGUUUGGGAGAGAUUUCUUCCCUCAGAUUAUCAGGACAUAAUUUCCAGAGCGUCCGAUUCUUCUCAGCCCGUGUUGGCAUCCAAGAAAGAGCUUUAUCUCCGCCUCUCCGAUCAUCCCAUCGUCAUCGAUGGUGGGAGUAAGAGUUUUUCAUUGGAUAAAUGGAGUGGGAAGAAAUGUUUCAUGUUAGCUGCAAGAUACCUCACAAUUAUUUGGGGUGAUACACCUGAGUAUUGGAGAUGGAUUUCUCUACGGAACGAGUCCAGAUUCACUGAGGUGGCAGAGCUUCUCCAUGUUUGUUGGCUUGAAAUUCGUGGGAAGAUAAGUACUCAGAUGCUGUCACCAGACACAACCUAUUCAGCUUACCUUGUGUUCAAGUGGGCAGAAAGAGUGACUGGAUUUGGAUUCGAAAACGGACCUGCAGAGAGUUGGGUACGACUCAGUGGGAGUGAAGGGCAAUUAAGGAGUUUUUAUCUGGAUACUAAUGGACAGCAGAGGCGUCGGACGGUUCGAACUGCACGAAUGAGUACUAUUUGGAGACCACAACCAACCGAAGGCAACAAUGUUCCACCAUAUCCGAAGAAAAGAGGGGAUGGGUGGUUGGAGAUGGAGUUGGGUGAGUAUCUCAACAAGGAUGGAGAAGAUGGGGAACUAGAAAUAUGUUUUCAAGAAGUGAAGGACGGCAACUGGAAAAGUGGCCUCAUUGUUCAAGGAAUCGAAAUCCGGCCGAAGAAUAGUAAAUAAAUGAAAAUAUAUAUUUGUAAUAACUUUCCUUUGUUUUGGAAUUGAAUUGGCUGUUGGAACUUGGAACUUGGUGUCCUUGCUAUGUGGUAUAUUAUGCUGCGUUUUGCAGCCUUCUUGUUCAGUUAUGAGGUUUGAAUAGCAUAAAAUUUGAGCUAUGUUUGGAA